GAUUGCAUGUCGCCCCGGCGCUGCACCAUCCGUGUGACCUAACAACGCAAAAUCUUCAAUAAAAUCGUGUGUGAAACCCAAAUUUUCCCCAUGUGUUUUGUUUAUCCUCACCUGUGACGUCACUUUGCCUCGGCAACGCUGCAAAUUACAACCGAAAAGUAACGAGGAACGCAAUAUUUGUGAAUACAUAUUUUUCGGGAGAAAUAUGAUCAAACUCCAUCUCCAAAGAUGUCCAAAUACACCAGAAUAGUAAACAGACCCAUCGGAAUCAAUAACUAAACUGCACCUGCCAUGACAUCCGAGGAACCCAUCGAUGUGGUCGCAAAGAAGGCUGAACCUAAGAAACCAAAUGCAAACUUUCCCGAUGACAAUCCAGAUACUAAAACUGACAAAAAACAAGAACACCUAAUGCGUACGCAUCAGCUUAUGCAUUUAGUGUAUGAACUACCAGUUGAAAUAGAAAGAGGCCCAGAAAACAACAAUAUGCUUAAGGAAAACCCGCCGAUAACUAUAGUUGAAAUAACGGAACAGAAUGGUUGUGAAACAGAAUUAGGUAGUGCCAGGCAAUGUGAUAGUGAUUAUUACCAAGAAUCUAGUCCCGAUUUAGGCAAUAAGGUCGUAUACGACGUGUUAGAAACUAACGAACUGUUAAUGCAAUGUGCUGAUGAGUUCAAGGAGGUGAUAGACAGGACUUCUCCAGACGACACAACAGAUGAUGAUUUGAUAGAGUUAAAAGCGUUAUUGGAAAGCAAGCCAAAGUUACUGGAGAGGUACAUUAGGGAGUGUGCAAGUAUAGAUGAGGUGAAUAGGCUACAUAACAUAACGUCAUGUGGUUCAUUGUCGCCGAGGCCACAUCAUGAGGCGAGGAGUACUUCGGUUACGUCAGACCUCUUCCAGUUAUGGUUGUCUUCGUCGCCAGUUAAGAGAUCGCGAUCGCCCAGCAGUUCAGCACAACGGCAGCUCGAAGAGGCAGACCUGUUUAUGGACCUCAUCAAAGACGUAGCCAACGAAUUGGAUAUUGAUGUACUAUGCCAUAAGAUCUUGGUGAACGUUUGUCUCUUGACAGCGGCCGACAGAGGCAGCCUGUUUCUAGCUAAAGGCACCCCAGCUAACCGGUACCUGCAAGCCAAACUGUUUGACGUCACCAGGGAUACAGAUCUCUACACAGCGCUACGGAUAGCACAGACGCAGGAGAUUAGAAUCAACUUCGGCGUGGGAGUCGCCGGGUUGGCAGCUCAGACAAAACAUCCUAUUAACAUUAAGAACGCGUAUGCUGAUCCCAGGUUUAACAGUGAAAUUGACGCCCGAACGGGGUACAAAACGGACCUAAUAUUGUGCAUGCCAAUCUGCAACUACGAAGGCGAUGUUGUUGGUGUCGCGCAGAUUAUUAACAAAACGGAUGGCUCCAAAGAGUUUUCACCUCGGGACGUAGAAGUAUUUCGACGUUACCUCACGUUUUGUGGCAUCGGAAUACAGAACGCACAGCUGUUCGAAUCAUCGGUAUUAGAAUAUAAAAGGAAUCAAAUACUCCUAGCGUUAGCAAGGAGUAUAUUUGAGGAGCAGAGCAAUUUGGAAUGUUUAGUUACCAAGAUCAUGACUGAAGCGAGAGAGCUUCUGAAGUGUGAACGAUGUGCAGUUUUUAUAUUAGAUACAGACCAUUGUGAAUCGAGUCAUCUAGAAAGAAUAGUACAAAGGCCCGGCGGGCGAAGAAGCGAAAUACCAGCGUUACCCCCGCCUGCACCGACGCGGUUCCACACACUAUUUGAACUGGGUGCCAAGCAUACAAGGACCACGCUUACCCCCAGACAUGAUAUCAAAUCAACGCUGGCGUGCAUCGCGCUUGCGGUGGCCCAAUCAAACAAAGCGCUUAACAUCUCCGACGUAGAUGAAUGGCGGAAAGAGAAUGGCAUGGUGGUGGCAGAUAUUACAGCAGACGACGCAAUCAACGUCAGUACAAUGCUGUGUAUGCCAAUUGUUAAUGCGAAUAAGGACGUUAUUGGUGUAGCUCAGUUGAUUAAUAAGGAAAACGGAUCUCAGUUUUCUGACGGAGACAUAUCAAUAUUCGAAGCAUUUGCAAUAUUCUGCGGUCUUGGCAUCCACAACACACAGAUGUAUGAAAACGCUUGCAAACUGAUGGCUAAGCAGAAGGUAGCUCUAGAAUGCCUGUCUUACCACGCGACAGCGUCUACCGACGAUACCAGCAGACUAUGCCAAGAUGUCAUACCGUCAGCGGAGAUUUACAAUCUGUACAGUUUUCAUUUUCAUGAUUUCGACCUUUCCGAUGAAGAUACAUGCAGAGCGACAUUGCGGAUGUUCCUACAAUGUAACCUUGUUGAGAAGUUUCAUAUACCUUACGAUGUCCUUUGCAGAUGGACAUUAAGCGUAAAGAAGAAUUACCGCCCAGUCAAAUACCAUAACUGGAGGCAUGCUCUCAACGUGGCACAAACCAUGUUUGCGAUGUUGAAGACGGGGAAAAUGGAGCGAUUUAUGUCCGACCUUGAGAUUCUAGGUCUGUUAGUUGCUUGUCUAUGCCACGAUCUAGACCACAGAGGGACUAACAAUGCGUUCCAAACGAAGACGGAGAGUCCACUAGCGAUACUAUAUUCGACUUCGACGAUGGAACAUCACCAUUUUGACCAGUGCGUCAUGAUUUUAAACAGCGAAAGCAAUAAUAUUUUUCAGGCCUUAUCUCCGUGUGAUUAUAAGAAUGUAAUGCGGGUAGUAGAAACGGCGAUUCUAUCAACAGACCUAGCCAUGUACUUCAAGAAGAAAUCAAAGUUCCUAGAAUUAGUUGAAAAUGGAGAGUUCGAUUGGCAAAGUCAGGAGAAGAAAGAAUUGCUUUGCGGUAUGAUGAUGACGGCAUGCGACGUAUCAGCGAUAGCGAAGCCCUGGGAGGUACAGCAUAAGAUCGCCAAACUAGUUGCCGAUGAAUUCUUCGACCAGGGAGAUCUGGAAAAGUUGCAGCUAAACCAGCAGCCAAUAGCUAUGAUGGACAGGGAGAAAAAAGACGAACUGCCGCAAAUGCAAGUUGGCUUCAUAGACAUGAUCUGCCUACCAUUAUACAAGGUGCUUUCGGACACUUUCCCUUGGAUUCAGCCGUUGUACACCGGUACCAUGGAGAACAGACAGCGGUGGCAGGACUUGGCGGAGAAAGUUGAGAUGGGCCUGACUUGGAUAGACCACGACACCAUUGAUAAGCCUAUAGAAGAAUUCACAGCAUCAAACGAACCUAUCAAAGAUGUAGAGUUCACAGUGACAACGUUAAACUGUGCGAGGCCAGUAUCCGACACAGCCAGCAUGAUGGUGGUCAAACCCAUUAAACCAUACUUCCAUUCCCUUAGAAGAGGGAAGAGUGGAAGCGUUACAUCCCGGCCUGCUAGGAGUAAACUUACUAGAUCCCUCUACGCGGCGCCAAGCUCGCGCGACGAGCGCGCUCCGCUGACGGGGAAGCCGACGACCCGCGACCACAGCACGGUGACGACGCCGGAGGAGCAGACGCCGCUGCCGCCCAAGCAGAAACAUAAAGGACGGUUAUGCCAUAUGUUGUGACGGUUAAGUUUCAACUGGAGUAGUCAGAACAGUACAGACAAACAGGACAAAGUGAAACCGUCCAAAUCAAUCGACUAACCAGAUACGGAAGAAGAAAACGCGUUGAAUGAAUGACUUUCUUAAAUAGUGUUGUUUCUUCGAGGUUAUUAGACUAUUAUCUGUUUCGGGCAAAGUGACUAGCCGGGCAAUGUUCAUAACAGGUGAAUAGAGUACAACUUUUGGAAAAAAAAAUAUUUAAAAAUAUUUCCAUUGCCAUUAUGAAUAAUGCGCGACUCAUUACUUUGCCCUUAACUACUAACUAUCUACUGUUAGAACGGACCUACUUAUUAGGAAUAAAGUAGAAUUUUUAACGUCUGAUUGAGAAAAAAUCGCCUGA